AGCUCAACGACGCGUUCUAGCAAAACGGUUAAGCCGAAUAUUUUCCAAGUAUAUAUCAACACCGUCUAACCGUUCAUGCCCAAGCGAAAGAGCUCAAGCGACGACGAAGACAAAGACUAUGAUCACUCUGAAGACGACCAGCCAAAAAUCAAAACUAAGCAGGCUUCAAAGGCAACUGAGAAACCUUUGACUAUCAAGAAGCCAAAAAUUGGUCAUUCAGACAACCAAUCCCCAACAGGCUCGAAGAAAAAGUCGACUCAUGACAAUGAUGUGGAGGUCUUUACCAGUUCUGAAGGUGAAAGAUAUGUUCAGCUGGGUCAAAAGAAACGCGUAACUGUCCGUGAGUUCAAAGGCAAGAUUCUUGUUGACAUUCGUGAAUUUUAUGGUAAGGACGAGGAGGACGAAAAGCCAGGAAAGAAAGGCAUUAGCUUGAAUGCGGAUCAGUGGGCUUGUCUGAAAAAGAGCAUCAACACUAUCGACUCUUUCUUUGAUAUCAAGAAAUAACGUCUAAAACUCUAUCUGUCACGACAGUAACAACCUUCUAAUUGCAUAUGUAUCAUAAAUUUAACUAGUAAAGACCGGCUGCCGCAUC